UUAUCUGCGACAACAAAAAGACACUGAACGCGGAAGUGGCACAUUUUAGUUGCGAGGCGGAAACUGUUUAACGCGGAUUUAACCAGGGAUUAAAAAAAAAUAAAAAUAAACCUUGAAUUUUUCGACUUUACUCCAUACUCGGCUUUAGAAUACACUUUAUUUCUUCAGCUCCAGCUCAGGGGAAGAUGAAGCCUCUCCGGCUCCCUCUCGGUCUGUUGUUCUGUGUCCUGGUCCGGUUCGGCCUGGCUCAGGAGUGUGACUGGGACAUUCACAAGAGUGAGUUACUGGUCUCGGACUCGGCACGCCGCCUGGGUGACCCUGUAGAGGUGUCGAAUCCGGAGGACUGCCAGGAGCAGUGCUGCUUAAAGGCGGAUUGUGACGCGGCACUGGUCGGUUACCCGGCGGACGCACCACACCUGCUGUGUGAGCUGCUGAGCUGCUCGGACCAGGACCAGGACCACUGCGCCCUCACGGACAGCUCUCAGUUCCAGUUCUACCGCAAAAGGGCCGCGGGCAGCGAGCCGCUGCUGACCAAAGCGGAACCAAAGACCAACGACACCAACAACAUUAAUUGUCGUCUGCCAUCGAAGGUGGGUUCGUGCCGCGCUGCUUUCCCAAAGUUUUACUAUGAUGUGACCAACCAGACCUGCCGCAGGUUCACCUACGGUGGAUGUGGGGCCAACGCCAACAACUUCGAAACUCAGGAGGAGUGUGAGGUCACGUGCAGCGGUGUCACAGGGUCAGUUCUCCCUGACGAUUCGACUGCUGCUCCCUCUCUUGAGUAUGCAAACAAAAACCCUCGAAGGGCGGUACCCUUCAAUCAAGGUCCAGUGGAGACUGAAGCUCCUUCUCAACCCAAGGCAACAGAAAUGUCUGCUGAGGAAUAUGCUGAGAAGUGUGAGGCAGAGCCUGAGGUGGGUUUCUGCAGAGCAGCGUUUCAGCGCUGGUACUAUAACAGGAAGUCAGGUGAAUGCAAAUCUUUCAUCUAUGGAGGCUGCAAAGGAAAUAAGAACAACUAUGUCACAGAGAAGAGCUGCAAGGACACCUGUGCAGUGUCCGUCCUUCCAUCGUCCAAGAAAUCACCAAAUGAUGAAGUAUCUACAGAAUACAGAGAUGAGUGUAUGGUGUCUCCUGAUGCCGGACCGUGUCGUGCUGCUUUCCUCAAUUUCUACUACGACCACCAAACUGGCUCAUGUCAAUCAUUCUUGUAUGGCGGUUGCCGUGGAAAUGCAAAUCGUUAUCUCAGCCCGGAAGAGUGUAUGGAUCACUGCAGCGAUGAUGGUACUUUCUUUCAUCAAGCUCGUAAACGCUGGACUGCAGCCUCUUUCCUCUUUGUCACACUGGCAGUCAUCUCCGCUCUUCUGCUGGUCACGCUAUUCCUCAUCACUAUGAGGCGUCGCCGCCUGUCUCGCCGCUUGUCCACCAGUGAUAAGGAGGAGCUGCUUCCUAGCGAGCAGUCAUCUGUGGAGUCUCUCACCCUCCCACCAAGUCCCAAACCUCAGGAGGCCUGAGCGUCCACUGCUGCCCACACCUCAGCACAACUUAACUGCACAAGUGUCGGGCUUCCUGUCCCUUUUUAAAAGUCUUCACAUGGUUUCACACACACCUGGGCUUUGCUGUUACAAACCUUGAGAUGAACAAUCGUCAAGGAUAUAUCACAGUUAAGUCAAACUGUUUUAUUGAUCUGAUAAUUUGCAAAUUAUUAUUUUACUGUAGAGAAAACUGUAACCUGUGUUUCCCAUAAUGCACCUGGGCACUGAUGACCAAAUGUAUCUUAAUUUGUCGAUUCUUGAAGGAAAUCGUCUCAUUGUCAUUUUAUUUUGUCUGUUGUCUUAUUUUCAAAGUUUUAUUAAAAGUGGAAUCAUCCAGGUUAUUUUUAACUGAUGAAGCAAUGAAUGUAACUUGGAUGUGAAGGAGAAAAAAAUUCACCUUUUCCUAAGAAAAUUGUUUUCUACCACAAAUAAAAGCAUUUUGUUUUUAUUUAAUGAAAACAUUUUGUUUUUAUUAAUGUUUUUAGAAACAUUUUGAUUAAAUGUUCAGUAGAAAAAUUUCAGCGAAAUGGUUGUUUUUGUGAUCAGCAUUAAGCAAAUCGCAGAGUGAUUGAUGAACAUUUGGGGAGACUGUGUUGAUUUGAGCUGUGAUUUGUACAUGAAUUCUUGCCUGUAAUCAUACUAUAGUACAAAUAAAUCUCUUGACCCUGA